AUGUCCGAGGACCUAGCAGAUGAGGUCGAGGUCAUUAAUUCGAUCUACGGGGAAAACAGCCUCGCCCCAGCUGGCGAGGCCGCGGACAUCUACAUUCUCGCUCUGCCCGAGGAGACAGUCUCGUUACGUCUGCAGUUCCCGCCAGACUAUCCAGCUGUGCCUCCCAGCGUACUCAGCACAAACAGCUCCGGAGGAAAGCGAGGGUUGGGCGCGCGGGACCUGCAGCUUUUCCGGGAUGCACUUGGCAAUGUCUACCAGCCCGGCCAGGUCUGCCUGUUUGAUGCGAUCGAGGAGCUCAGGCGGCUGCAGGAGGAGGCUGGCCUGACCGCGGAGGAGCCUUCAUUUGACGACCAAGACGCAGGCGAGGAAGAGCGGCAAACGACGGCCAAGUCCGCCGCCGCUGCACAAGAACUUGGUCCCGAGCCGCCGUGGAUCCUAUCCGACCCCGUCACGGAGCUGAAGUCGACGUUCAUAGCCCGCUGUGCCGCAGUCAGCUCGCCUGACCUCGCCGCCCAGUAUGUGCAGCACCUGCUGGCGAGCGACAAGCGCGUUCGUGCAGCUACGCACAAUAUCACGGCAUGGCGGAUCAGGGGCCCCAAUGGGACAUCCUUCCAGGAUUGCGACGACGACGGGGAGACGGCUGCAGGGGGACGCCUUCUUCACCUUAUGCAGCUGAUGGAUCUCUGGGAUACCAUGGUGGUCGUAACUCGUUGGUACGGCGGGCAGAAGCUUGGGCCUCGACGGUUCGCGCUGAUCAAUGCGGCGGCGCGCGAUGCCUUUGUCAAAGCAGGCCUAGUAGAGGAUUCAUCUACGGCCAAGAAGAAGAGCCAUGGGAAAUGA